ACCUUGUGGAGUAUUGCGAAAUUCUUCGGUUCAGUUUUGUGAUCGUCCUGUGUAUGCUGAAGUAACCACCAGGAUAGAGGAAAGUUUUGAAGAAUUAAAAGCAAUAAUUAAAGUUGGAAUAAGUUCAGAAAAAAUGGCUACUAACGCUGAAGCAAAUGCAGAAGAAAGAGUUGCUAGCCCUGAUGUAACUAGUGAAGCAAUCAUCACUAACCUUGACAAACAAACAAAGGAAUUUAUUAACCAAAGAAUUUCUCAAAGUUAUGUUAACAUUCCUUUUGUAUCAAUCGAAGGUGAUAUACCAAGACAUAGUGCAAGACCAGAAAUAUAUGCAGUUGCAUUGCCUGAACAUCUUUUAUUGAAAUAUGGCGUGCUUCUUUAUUACGAUCAAGCUUUAGCCUUGGAGGCUAUCAGAAGGUAUAGAAUGGGCAGGUACCGCAUAUUUACUAAUUUAUUUGAUGCAGUGGAGUAUGCUAUAAAACCUGUAGAGCCGAAAAAGAAAGGUGAAAAUAAACCUAAAAAGGCAAAAGGGACCAAGACUAGGUCGAUACGUAUAACAUCCGGUUAUUUCCCGUCCUGGCAUUUCCGUCUUAACUUGGGAACUAUUUAUGAAGAUCCACAAGACUGGGAGGCAAAAGAUAAGGUGCUUCACUGCAAUGAAAAUGAAGAGAACGGUUCUCAUACGGUUACUCGUGCACAGGAUCUUCCAACAGAGGAGACCGCAGGAUCUCCAAAAGAUUUUCAAAAUAAUGAGGAGUCCGAUUCUUCUAAACAAGUUCCUGCUCCGAAACUUAAUGAACCUAACAACCUAGGAAAUGAUUCAACACCUGAGAAAGAAAACGCUUAAAUGUCUGAAAAUUUUAU